ACGUGACACGUUUCCUGUCAAGAUGGCGGACAAUCUCCCUUCGGACUUUGAUGUGAUCGUGAUAGGGACGGGUUUGCCUGAAUCCAUCAUUGCGGCUGCAUGUUCAAGAAGUGGCCAGAGAGUUCUGCAUGUUGAUUCAAGAAGCUACUAUGGAGGAAACUGGGCCAGUUUCAGCUUUUCAGGAUUGUUGUCCUGGAUAAAGGAAUACCAGGAAAAGAGUGACAUUAUGAAUGAAAGCCCCGCAUGGCAAGAACAGAUCCUUGAAAAUGAAGAAGCUGUUGUUCUUAGCAAGGUGGACAGAACCAUUCAACAUGUGGAAGUGUUUUGUUAUGCCAGUCAGGAUUUGCACGAAGGUGUCGAGGAGGCUGGCGCACUGCAGAAAAACCACGCCUCGGUGGCAUCUGCGGGCUCCACGACAGCCGCAGAUUUGGCCUGCCCGCCCCCAGCAGGCGAGUCAUUAAGCACCGCGAGCAGUGAGUGGCCCGAAGACCAGACUCCCAGCGCGGAUCCGGAGCCGGCCCUGGAAGCACACGAUGCUGUAGUGGCCGGGGAGAGCGCGAACCAUUGUGAUGACAACGCUUGUGUGCUGUCAGCUCCGGAGGAAACCGGUGACCCUGUGCCUGCAGCGGAAGACAUCACAGAGCAACCAAAGAAAAACAGGAUUAUGUACUCGCAAAUUGUUAAAGAAGGCAGGAGGUUUAACAUCGAUUUGGUAUCAAAGCUGCUGUAUUCUCGAGGAUUGCUAAUUGAUCUUCUAAUCAAAUCGAAUGUCAGUCGCUAUGCAGAGUUCAAGAAUAUUACCAGGAUUCUUGCAUUUCGAGAAGGAAGAGUGGAACAGGUUCCUUGUUCAAGAGCAGAUGUCUUCAAUAGCAAACAACUUACUAUGGUAGAAAAGCGAAUGCUAAUGAAGUUUCUUACAUUUUGUAUGGAGUAUGAAGACCAUCCUGAUGAAUAUAAAGCGUAUGAGGAGAUGACAUUCUCUGAAUAUUUAAAAACCCAAAAAUUAACUCCCAACCUGCAAUAUUUCGUUCUGCAUUCCAUUGCGAUGACGUCAGAGACAGCCAGCAGUACCAUAGAUGGUCUCACAGCUACCAGAAACUUUCUGCACUGUCUUGGGCGGUACGGCAACACCCCGUUUUUGUUCCCUCUGUAUGGCCAAGGGGAGCUCCCUCAGUGUUUCUGCAGGAUGUGUGCUGUAUUUGGUGGAAUCUAUUGUCUUCGCCAUUCAGUGCAGUGCCUUGUUGUGGACAAAGAAUCCAGAAAAUGCAAAGCCAUCAUAGAUCAGUUUGGUCAGAGAAUAAUCUCUAAGCAUUUUCUUGUGGAGGACAGUUACUUUUCUGAGAACACGUGUUCACGCGUGCAAUACAGGCAGAUUUCCAGGGCGGUCCUGAUUACGGACAGAUCUGUCCUGCAGGCAGAUUCAGAUCAACAGAUUUCCAUCCUGACAGUGCCACCGGAGGAAGCAGGAACUCCCGCCGUCCGGGUCAUUGAGUUAUGUUCUUCAACGAUGACAUGCAUGAAAGGCACAUAUCUGGUUCAUUUGACUUGUCCAUCUUCUAAAACAGCAAGAGAAGAUUUAGAACCAGUUGUGCAGAAAUUGUUUACUCCAGAUACGGAAACGGACAUAGAAAAUGAAGUUGAAAAGCCAAGACUUCUGUGGGCUCUUUACUUCAAUAUGAGAGAUUCUUCGGAUGUCAGCAGGGACUCUUACAAUGAUUUGCCAUCCAACGUGUAUGUCUGCUCUGGCCCGGACUGUGGUUUGGGAAAUGACAAUGCAGUCAAACAGGCUCAGGCCCUGUUUCAGCAGAUCUGCCCCACUGAAGACUUCUGUCCACCCCCUCCAAAUCCUGAAGACAUUAUUCUGGAUGGGGACAGUUUACAGCCAGGGCCUUCGGAAUCUGCUGUCAUACCUGAGGCCAGUCCAGAGACUCCCAAGGAAACUGCAGAGCUGGGGAAGCCGGAAGAGCUCUCCGAAUAGCAGAUGCACAUUGCAACAAACCGUAUAUCCCAGAGUCUUCUCGAUCUACAAACUGUCUGGAAAAUCUUAGAAAGCAGCGGUGGCUAGUCGUGCAGAACUACCCAGAGAACCAGGUCAUACAAAUCCAAAAGGGGAUUUUCCUGAAAGAGGACACUUCGAGAACACACAAUACUUGCAAAGCACAUUGACUCGCCUGUUGUAAGGUACCAAACCUGUGGAGUUACCAAAAUAGGAAUUACAAAUGGAUUGCUUCCCAGGAAUAUAGCUUUGGAGACUGCAAUGAUCCUAUGCAUUGUUCAUAACUCUGUGCUCUCAGGCCAGCUUUCGCUUUGCCGCUUUGGAUCUUUGUUUGAAAGCCGCAUCUUCGGAAUCAGCCCACUUAUUUCCUCUCAUUAUUUUUCUUUAAGGGUGUGAGCAUCAUGAUAGAAGCGAUAAAGGCCUAUGUCAAUAUAAUUGAGAAAAACUAAAGUGCUGUUCUUUUCCGUGUAUAAUGCAGUUUUUUGCCCAAAGUGUUGACGGGAAAAUAAGGGUGCGCGUUAUACAUGAGCAGUACCUGAAAUACCUUGUAUCUGUUCUUGUGUUUUGCCAUUAUGUUACAUGAAAUCUAUAGUACCAUAAAUGCUAACCUUCCUUUAUAAUAUAAAAAAGUAUCUAAAUAUAAAUAAAGAAAAAAUAGAAUUAAAAAUUAAAAUGAAAGUUGUUUUUUCCUGAAAGUUUGGGCCAAAAACAUGAGUGCGCAUUAUACACGGCAAAAUAUGGUAUUGUGAUCCGGCGGGGACCUGUAUUUGGAAUAGAGGUUUGGUUUUCUUGAGAAGUAUUAAAAUGCUAAUAUUAAAGUAGAUGUUUUUAACAAAGAAAUCAUGAAGCCAUUACUUAGUGUUUUUUAAUGGUAGCACUAAUUUUUAUAUGUGAAUCCUUUCCACACUGAGAAAGCUCAGCACCGAAGAAAUGGAAGGAAAGACUUGGAUAGGCCAGUUGGGUUUUGGCAAUUCUGUAAGAAACUAUCCUAAUUGUCUAUGGACCCCAUUUCGUCUGAGCCAUGCUACUGAUGAUGUUAGGCAAAUCCUUUAACUUUUGGGCCUUGGUGUCUCCAUAUGGAAAGUAGAAAUAGUAAUUAAUACUCUACCUAUCUCAUAAGAAUGAUUUUAAAUAUAAAUGCAGUACCAUCUUCAGAAUGGUUUUUCGGGGGGAAAAAAGUUGUUUCUAAAUGUUCCCAUCAACUUGAAGGUGACUCUCAAAAAUCUUAGGCAGCAAACAAUUAUUGACAGCAAAUAAUUGUUGUCAACUUCUACAGCACCAUAGAUCACGAUGUUUUUAUUGCACCAAGACACUUAUAGUCUUAUAGACCAGUAAAUAUAGUAACAUGUGAAAUUCUGCUUUUGAACCUUAAUAAGGAACACACUUCAUAAGGAUAAUUUUUUAUAUUUCUCUUCCAGUAGGUAAACUGGAAACCACCCAGGACUCUGAAUAGAGUGGAACAAUUGGUAAAUUCUAGAAUGCCCUUAACAUAAAAUGUCAGGGCGGUGGUACCCAGGAAGCAAACGUAGCGAUUGCUACGAUUUUUUCCAAAUGCCAUUGAUUUUUUUCCAAAUGCCAAGCCCCGAUGGCUUACUUUUUUGAGCAAUAGUUUGGAUCGAACAACUUAUUUCAAUAUAUAAAAACAUAAAAAGUUUCUCGGUGUGCAGUCUGCCCAGUAGUGCCGAGCACAGAGCCGUGACUGCGGUGCACAGUCCACAGGUCUCGCAGCCUUCAGCUGCAGGAGCUCUGACGUCUCCCGAUUUCCAGGAACAUCUCAAGGAAAGUCAGCUCCGCCAGGCCCCAGACUCACACUAAAUGGAAAGAGCCAAGGAAUGUAUGUCUGGCUUCACCUACAGAUAGAGGUGAAUCCAGGUGCCAGGAGGACCUUUCCUGCCCCUCAGGCUACUCCUCCUAAUUCUUCCACCCUCUAUGCAGCCCCUCCCCUCUCUCUUCAGUUCCGUCUUCCUCUCUUCCGUUUUUUGCAAUACUAUUCAAAUCAGGGACAGAAGAAUCACACGAUAAUCGACUUCGCUCUAUGGCUUCGGAUCUUUCUGAAGUCCAAUCCUGUUUUUCCUGAAUCCCAAGUACAGCAUGUGCUAAAUGCUCAGUACUACCUAUUAGCCCCCAGGCAUUGGCCCUGCCCCUCAGUACCAGCAAUAUAUAGGUUUCCAGUGUAUGAAAGUGUCGAGUUGGAAUACAAUGGCACUAAGCUGCACUAAUGAAGAUACUGUACUUUGCGCUAGUGUUAGAGUUAAGGUCUCUUGAAUAGAGCAUACACAUUUAUAUAAACAGCCAAGCACAGUAGGCCAAGGAUGGUAUGUGGUUUCAUCCAUUAUGCAACAUCAGGAUCUCUCUUCCAGGUUAUUAGUUCCUGUUGAAAUGUUUUAAAAUCUCCGAAAUAUGAUUAGUGGUGAUUAAGAUAUUACCCGACUGUUAAAAACAUUGUGUUAGAGAAAGUUAGGUAUUUCCUGUUGCCUCAAGAUAUAAGUUAUUUUUAGAGCGUUCUUUUCAGUUAUCUUAAUGACUGCAAAUAAAUAUUUGUUCCUUGUUUAACUCAAAAAAAAAAUACUUUUCCUUUUGUUGUAAAACCGUAAGCCUGAAGUCACAUGAAUAAAAUUCAUAUGUUGUACAUGGUGCGUAAAUUUCAGUAACUAAUACAAUGUUUUAAAAAUUGCUAUUAUCAAAGGAUUCUGAUUUCAUGUGUUUCAAGUGUUUCAUCAUGCAUGCUUCUCAUUAAUCAAAAUUGAUAAUACCAUUCAGUUUAGUGAUCAAUAUGAAACCAAUUACUAAUCCUGUUGCUGCUGUAUUUUUGUCAUGUUGGUAUGUAUGCCUGCCCAGAAAAACAAAUAUAUAAACGUAUAUAAUAAACGUAUAUAUUUUUCUAUAGGAAAACUGACUUUUGGUCUUCCCCGUCUCCUGUGGUAUUUAGUUCCUGUAGUAAAAUCACAGGGUUAAUGAUUAACUUUAGAAUGGAAGCCCUUUGUCUAAAAUAAUGGUUGUGCUAAUCAUUAACUUCGACCACAGCCAUAGUUCCUUAGAAGGCAGCCCUUUUCCUCAAGACCCACAGACCUCAAAAUAUUUUGUUGAAAUUGGAUUGCUGAAUACUAGUGAUCCUUGAAAGCAGGAAUGAAAUCAUUUUCUUCCAAACAAGUUAUUUACCGCUAUUGGUAUUCAACCAUUCAUCUCUCUACUCUUGGUUAGUUGUCUUAUAUGCAUUUGAAAAAGCAUGAAUAUAUGAUUAUUCAUAACUUGCAUACUGUAACAGUAAGUUUGUAAAGGAAAUAAAAGUGUUUUCAAUGCCUUUCGGGCGUGGUAUCCUAUUUUUUUAUAUUAAAGAUUUGUAUACAUGCCAAGAAAUUAAAGACCGUCUUGGAAAUGA